AACACCCUGUGUCACUAGGGGGGGCCGGUGGAGCCUUGGGGGUACUUUGAUGUAAUUUAUUUGAGUAGGGGGUGGGAAAUAUUUGGAAAUGCUGUUAUAGAGAAGACAGGCUGAUGUCCAGCAUAAAGAGAGCAGACAAAGAGAUGACCAGAGACCCAGAGAAAGGAACAGCCUAUAUAGGGAUAGAUAGACAGAUAAAUCCAUUCCCAGUCCUAACUAGAUUAUAUCCUACUUGCUUUAGAAAUUGUACUAAGUAUUUAGUUCUGUCAAUAAAGCUUAUUUUAAUUACUUAGAUAUGACAUAGAGAGACAGACAGACAGAUAGUAGAGAGAUAAUAAAUAGAUAGACAGAAAGCUUUUUGAUUACAAUACCCUCAAGUCACCAUGAGCACAUUGCUCCUUUCCUGCCCUACCUCUCCUCUCUGCACCCCCAGCCCCUCCUCUACCAAUGUUGGCCCUUCUCCCCCUGGUGCCCCUUCUUUUCCUUGUCCUUCCCGAGGCUUUCUCCGCAGCCUUCGGAUCCUAUACCACAUUUUGGAAGAAGAAGGUGGUGGCCGGGUGCAUGUGCAGGAUAUUGAAGGACUUUGGGGUGGACCAAGCAUUCUCGCAGGCGUCCCACAGGCUCUUAGAGAUGCAACUGCUUCAAGUGGAGGAUACCUAAGUUUUCCUCGACUGGUGAGGGGGCUUACCCAAGCGCUGAGAGCAGGAGACCCUCAAGACACAGCUGCACCAAGGAAGAGGGGGUCUAAGGCUGUCACCCGUUCCCAGAGCAUCAACCAUGACGUUGCCUCCACCGCCGCGCGCCUCACACGCCAAGAGCAGCGCGUACGGCGCCACACACUGACAAGUGGGAUCGACUACAACACGCUACGUCGCAUGAAAGAAUUGGAGCAGGAACGAGAUGCUCUACUAGAUGGUGUCCAACUGGUGGACAGGGCCCGAGACUGGUACAGGGACCGUCUGCAGGAAUCUGAGCAGCAGAGGGAUUGGCCGUGCACCUUGGACCAGACCCCGCCGCCUCCUCUCCUCGGCUCCGCGCUGUUGGUGCAGAUCCAAGAAGUUAACAGAUUCUUGAGUGACCUCAUCUCAUCUUCUGAAAAGGGUAAUCGGAGACAGUCGCCCUACUCCACAAAGCAUCCUGACGCCAUCAGCACACUGAAGUACCAGAACCAGCUGCUGACCAGGGAACUCUCCGUGCAGAAUGAAAGGAUAUGGAAACUGCAGAGAGAGAAUGAGGCGCUGUACAGAGAGCUGGAGGAGCGCCAUGUACACAGGGCCACCUUUAUCUGACACGGGACCACCAUUGUGCCGGAUGACUGCAAGGACCUCACAGUGAGGCACCGUGUUACCCUCCGGCAAUCAGUUUUCAUAGCAGAUCGUCAUUCACAGCCUGAAUACGGACAUCUGAUCUGCUAUCCUGCUCCGUCGUCAGGUGCUGGACCCCGUGGUGCCCGCUGAUGCAUACAGGCCUGCAGAGCAUCUCUUCCUGCCUGACAUGAGCUCUGCAGAACUUGCCGCUGACAGCAGAGACUCUCCCAGCAUCACAGCUCCAAAUCAAAUGAUGUGAAUAGAAAAAUACCAGAUAUAAUAAUGACCUCUGACCGCAGAGUAUCGCACCCUGCCCGGCAGGAUGGUUUCAGUUACUCUAUGUGAUGCCCAAGAGACUGCGAUUAUUGGGCCGGGUUGCCAUGUGGCCCUCCACAGGGUUAUGUAUAGUAGAUCUAUGGUUUAUAUUAGAAAUAUUCACUGGUUUACAGCCCUGGAUGACUUGUGAUAUGUGACGGAAAUUAAGACUAAUAAAGUUAUAAGGCCCAGUAUGGCCGUUCCAUGACCAGUGUGACACCAGUCUCUUUCCAGUGAGUUUCCUGCCUUUUGUAGCCGUGUACAGCAGAAUAUAUGCGUUGACUUUUAAAGGGAGAGGUAGUCAUGGUGUCUGACUUCCAGGCCGGCACCUCCGCCGAUCAGCCUUUAAAAGAGGCUGUGACCCCUUCAUUACAAGACACAGUGCCAUACAUUCUGUAGUGGCUGUACAUGGUACUACACAUAGCUAUUCACUUGUUAGCAAGCGGCAGUACCACGCACGGCUGCUACCAAAUGUACAGUUAGGUCAUCUGUAUUGAAAUCCUACACCAUCCCUUUAAUUUGAAAGGUUAGAACUGUCCCGGCCAAUAGGGGCCAAUCUAAAAUAUGAAUGUGAAGGACCUAUGUAUAUACAUAUGUA